AUGGUACUCCCUCGCUCUCCCCGUCUCCAGGCAACCAAGACUGCACCACGCGCAGCGCUGCUACGCCUCGUCAUUUCCAUCGCGCUCUCCGCGCCGUGCGCCGUGCGCGGCGCGCAGGUUCCCGCGGUGUCGUCAAUAGCGGCGGCGCUGUCAAGCGCGGAGUCGCCUGCGCAGUCGUUCAACGUGUCUGUGCUCGUCCUCAACGCCACCGGGCUGCUCGCCAAGCUGCCCGUGCUCGCGCCCACCGACGCCGCGUGGCGCGCCGCAUUCCACGGCCUCGCCCUGCCGUACCUCAGCGCCUACAUUCCCUUCCCCGGUCCUGUUGUCUGUGGCGAGACCCUCCGGAAGUACGGGAACAGCUCGGGCGGCGCGGGCGGUUCGGACGCUGCCAAAUCCAUUAGCCCCGCGCAGCCGACCCCAGCGCCCGGCGUUCCCCCCCAGGCGGGAGACGCUACUAGCGGCGAUGCAAGCUCGGCGAUGGUUCCCGGCCUUCCGCAAAUUGACUUGCCGCUGCCAGGCGUUCCCGCCCUGCCCAUUCCUAAAAUUCCCAGCAGGCCGGACGGGUUGAAUGGGACAAUGCCUGCGGACAACAUGACGCUUGCCACGCCCGAUUUCAACAUGACCAUGCCCAACAUGACCAUGCCUGACAUCAAUAUCACCAUGCCCGACUUCAACUGGACCUUUCCCAAUCUAAACACGUCCAUGCCAAACGUGAACCCGCUGACUUUCAACCUGCUUCUCGCCGCAUUGAGCGCCGUGUUUUCCGGCGACGGGACGCCCGCGUCGCUGGCGGCGCUGGCCAAGGAGCGGCCCGAGGCGCUGCAGGCUCUGUGGGACCUCCUCGCGCACCACGUGGCGACCAUGGCGGUGCUCAACGUGGCGGCCAUUGCGGCGCAGUUCUCAGCGGCGGGGGAUGCGGGCAACCUGACGACGCCACCCGCGCAGCGCGCGCUGAUUAGCAAGGGGGUAAGCUUGGGGUACGAUAGGACUGUGUACUUCCUGAAUGGCACCGCCGUGGCGGCCAACGGCACGGUCAUCUUUGACCCUGCGACGAGCCCCGUGGCCGUGGACUCGGAGGGCAACACGUUCUUCGCCAACGGCACCGUCGUCAGCGCCAAUGGCACUGUUGUGAGCGCCAACGGCACCGUUGCAACCAACGGCACCGCCAUCCCCAUCGACGGGCCGGGUCUCCCCGUGCCCCCCACCGUCUCGUCUCCUCCCAACGGCGACGGCUCGGUGGCGCCCCCCGUCACCUCCAUGCCCGCCCCUGCUGAUGUGCCCCUCGCUACCACCAUGCCCGCCCCCAUUGAUGUCCCCCCCGCCACCAACAUGCCCGCCCCCGUUGAUGUGCCCCCCGCCACUGCCAUGCCCAUCGUCCUGGUGGAGUUGAUCCCGAGGGUCAUGGGCGGGUGGGGCGACUGGGGCAACUGGGGCAACUGGAGCGCGGAGGAGCAGCAGCAGUGGUGCGGGAAUGUGACGGAAUCGAUGAACGGGGCCGUGCCGGGGCUGAACGUGACUGCCAGCGAGUACCUCGCCUGGCUCAACGCCUCCUCCCUCGCCUGGGCGGCAGGCUUUGAUGCCAUGUGGGAGCAGGCUGGCAGCGACAUGAACGUGGCACGGGUGGUGCGGGCUGAUGUGAUGGACAGCGAUGGCAUCGUGGUGCAUGGUGUGGAUGGCGUGCUGUUUCCCCUCUUCCGCGACUUGCCCGUGUUAAAGGGCGGCGCAGGAGGAGGAGGAGAGGGUGACGUGCCUAUGCCCAUUGCCGUGCCUGUCGUGGCACUUGGUGGCGCUGCUAACGACAGCGCGUGCGACACCGGUACAAAUGGCACUACGAAUGGUGGGAAGCCCAACGGCAGUGUUGCCACAGGUGCUGGUGCUGCUGCUGGGUCUAGCAACAGCAGCAGUGGUGGGCAGGAUGCAUUUAAGAUUGCGGCGAGUGGCACGCCAGCACCACCUGCUGGGUCACCCCCCCCGAGCAAAUCGCAGAGCAAGGCUGCUGCAGGCCCCAUCCUCUUGGCUGUUGCGCUCUCCCUUGUGGCUCUGCUGUAG